UAUAUAUAUAUUUUAAUGAUUGAAAACGAGGAUUCUACUUUUAGAGUUAUUGUGAUACUACUUAACUCAUUGUCUUUCGCAUUUACAAUUCUGAUUUUGAUGCUCAUUUGUAGAAUAAAAUAACUUCAUGAAAGACAAGGUCGUACAAUUCAAAUUGUACUCAUUUUAGAAUGCAUGUACUCAUUUUUCUUAAUACUUUCAUAAUUUUAUUAUGAUCAACCCGAUAUGUAUGAAACAACAUUUUUAGUGUAAAAUACUGGUCCAGGUUGCAUUACUAUUGGCAUACUGAAUGUAUUCACAUCUUUUGCUUAUUUCAUAAAUAUUAACCUUUACUCUUUAGAAUCAUUAGGUUUUCUGAGCUCUAAAUUCACGAAUAACUACAAAUUAAGGCAUGUAGCUGUUGUGUCAGGUUCCACUUUUUUUGCACUUUUGGCUUACCUUUCAAAUGCCAUAGGAUUCAACAAAAUAGGGAUGUGUUCAUUAUUACCAGGUAAUUUAUUUACAGUAUUCUUGCUUAUUCUAACUUCUAUCACAUUUGUUACAAUUGUUUGGACUUGUACAUAAAUUCAUAGAUUAAGAAAGGUGUUGGGUAAAGAUUUGACUUCACACAUAUAGAAUAAAAAGUAUAAAGUGAAUUUGAUCUAUAUAAUAACUUUCCUGAUAAUUCGAAUACUACCAGUAUAAAUUAUGUGAUUAUAUUAGGUUUUGAUUUUGACUAUCAUAUCGUUGGCUGAUAGUAAUACAGAAACAUAUACAGAUGCAUUUUAUACUUUGGCAAUUCCAAUGUCAUUAGGAGGAGUGUGUUUAAGCUUGAUUAGAUCUUAAGAGCCCACAAUAUAGGAUUAUUUAAAUAGGAAAUUGUUAAAAUAAAAAUCAGGAAUUGUCGAACUUUCUUUACCAAAAGUGGAAAUUAGAGCUUUGAGCAACUCUAUAUCGAAUAUCACGAAAGAAUCUUAAAUUAUAAAAACUCAUUAUCUCUCUUAUAUUCAAGGAACAACUACAGACAAUAGUGUUGCCUAUAGAAAAACAUGUUUAGACAAUGAAGAAUUGUAUAAAUUAGAAUUAUAAUAAGAGUUGCAAAGCUAACAACCGAGUUGGAAAAUAAUCAGAUUAAAUUGAAAUUGUAUGAGUUCCUAUUAGUAUUCAAAAUAAUUCGAGAAAUGAGCAAUGGUUUCAUAAUAUCUAAAAUAACAACAAAUUUAACACACUAUCAUAUGAAACAUAUGAGAUAGAGGAUAUUUUACUUUGAUAAUGAUAAUUCUUUAGAUGCUUCUGAAAUUAUUUGUACAAGUUAUGCAGAAUCUGUCUUUUACUAAAUAUAAUCAAUGGAUAUUUUUAUGACAUCAUUUGAUGAAUAAUUAAAUAAAAACUUCGUAGAACAAUUAUAAACAUCGAGAUUAAAAUUGUAAACAAAUACCUUAACAACAUAUGAUGGAGAAGUACUUAUCACCAUUAUUAAUAAUUAAGCCAAGAGAUAUUUAACAAGACAUUUAUUAUAAGCUAUUUACAAUUAAAGUAUUUCAGCUUAAAAGUCUUUCAUUCCUCCAAUGAUAGGACUCUAUUCAAUAGUAACUGAGAAUAAUCAAUUCACAAUGCUUGUCCAAAAAAAUUUAUUAAAUUCGAUCAUGUUAGAAUAAUAGGGAUUUAAAAUAUAAGGUUUUUUUACAUAUUAAGUUGGUCAAGUCGAUGAAGAAAUCAAAGGAGGUUAAGAUAUCAAAAAUAAAGUGAAAAUGAAUCCAAGAACCAAAUAAGAAUUUCUAAACACACUUAAUUAAGAUCUUGUAAUCCUAAGAGAUUAAUUUCUAUGGGGUUAUUCCUUUUAUAUGAUAUAUUUGGAAGCUGAUAAUAGUAUUAACAUGCUUCCAAAUAUGUACAAGACUCGUAAUGGAUACUUGAUUGCUAGCUUAGGAGGAAUUCUAGAUUAAUUUUGGAUUUCCUAUAAUGAAGCAUCUGCCCAUCCAGAAUUGUACGCAUCAUAAUUAGCAUAACAAAUUGAUUUAUUAUUAUGA